AUGGCACCCGCAGCAAAGAUCACCACGAAGGCGACAAAGCAACUCAAGAUCGCCCAUCCGAUCAUGUUGGCCGGCAUGAAUCAGGCUGCCGGACCUGCUUUGGCGGCAGCAGUCACCAACGCUGGCGGUCUCGGCGUCAUCGGUGGUGUCGGAUACACGCCAGAGUUCCUCAGGGACAUGAUCCAGGAACUCAAGGACGAUCUGACGGACAAGAACGCUCCAUUUGGCGUUGAUCUCCUGCUACCCGCGGUCGGCGGCAACGCAAGAAAGACGAACACUGACUACACCGGCGGUAAGCUGUUCGAGCUGAUCGAUGUCAUCAUCGACGAAAAGGCAUCGCUGUUUGUCUGCGCCGUCGGCGUGCCACCCAAAGAGGUCGUUGACAAGCUGCACAAGGCGGGCAUUCCCGUCAUGAACAUGAUCGGUCACCCCAAGCAUGUCGAGAAGGCGCUUGCCCAGGGUGUUGACAUGAUCUGCGCUCAAGGUGGUGAAGGUGGCGGUCACACGGGCGAUGUGCCUUUCUCGGUCCUGAUCCCGGCUUGUGUCGAUCUGUGCAAGGGUCGCAAAUCGCCACUCACCGGUGAAGACGUCCUCGUCAUCGCUGCCGGUGGCAUCUCUGACGGUCGCGGUCUCGCCUCAUCGCUUGCUUACGGUGCAUCUGCUGUCUGGGUCGGCACGCGAUUUGUCGCGUCAGAGGAGUCUGGCGCGCCCAAGGCACACAAGGAUGCCGUCGUCGCUGCUGGCUACUCGGACACGCUCCGUUCGGAGAUCUACACCGGACGGCCGCUUCGUAUCAUCAAGAAUAAGGAUGCCGUCGACUGGGAGCAAAACCGUUCGACCGAGCUGCGCAAGAUGCUCUCUGAAGGCAAGAUCCCAAUGUACAUGCGCGAUGACGGCGUAGAGCGACCUCAUCUCUGCGGUGCCGUGGCUGGCAUCAUCAAGGACAUCAAGCCAGCCAAGGCCAUCGUUGACGAGAUGGUUGCCGAGGCAGUCUCUGUCAUCCGCGAAUCGCAAAAGUACAUUGGUGCCGAGCAGGCUAAGCUCUAA